AUGUCGGACGAUAUGUUCUAUUGCUCCUUUGUGAGCAUUCAUUAUAUUAUCUGUGAAUGUGGAGAAACAUUUCCCACUGAGGAAGAAUUAAAAAAUCAUUUGGAGAAAGAACACGCUCAGAAAAAAGAAAAAAAGGAAUACAAAUGUGGCAUUUGCGAACAAUUAUUCAGUACAGAGGAAGCAUGCAUUCAACAUUACGAAGAAAAUCACAUUGAAGUGAAAAUAGAAAAUCCUGAGCAAUAUGAAAAUGAGGAGAUUGUGUAUGAGGAUGUGCAGGACGGAAACAUUAUCAUACAGGAGAUUUAUGAAGGUUCACCGUUGCCUCACGGUGUCACCAUUACGAAGGAAGAGACUGAACACAAGAAGGAGAAAAGACCAAAGUCUUAUUAUAAUGUGAAGAAUAUUGUUUGUGAAGUUUGCGGCAAGAGAUAUGCCUCAAACGCAGCUCUAAGAUAUCAUCAACGGGUCCACACCGGUGAGCGUCCUUACAAAUGCACACAGUGUUCUAAGAGUUUUACAAUGCCAUUGUUCCUACAGAUCCACACCCGCACCCACACCGGUGAGCGUCCAUAUGAGUGUUCCCUGUGUCCGAAGGCUUUCAGCAACAAGGCAGCUCUUCUCAGACAUGAUAGGGUCCAUACCGGUGUGAAGCCAUAUGAAUGUCCGGAGUGUGGCAAGUUCUUCACUCAGUCCAACUCCAUGAAGCUCCACGUGAACACGGUCCAUUUGAAGAUGCCGGCUCCGUACAAGAGCAGGAGUCGGAAGAUCAAGGCUAAAGAACGGGAGAUGAUGAGGAACGCUAUACUCAUCAGUAGGCCAAGAGACGCUGAAGACAAUGCCGCAGUGGAAAGCAUCAGCCAGGAAUCGAACCUAACAGAAGCAGAACUCACUUCCCUACAGUUCGUGAAAACAGAAGUCGACGAUUUGUACCAGCAGGAGGUAGAAGAAACUGAAAUAAUGUAUGAAGACGUCGACUCCAGAGAGAUCACAUACGAGGUUGUGUACGAAGAGUAG